AUGGUCCAACGAUUAACCUAUCGUCGUCGUUUAUCGUACAACACCAAGUCCAAUCGGGUUAAAGUUGUUAAGACACCCGGAGGUAAAUUGACGUUUCAAUACGUUAAAAAGCGUGGAGCAGUGCCCAAAUGUGGUGAUUGUAAAGUUGAAUUACCAGGAAUCAAGGCAUCUCGACCAAAAGAACGUAUGAGUAUGACCAAACGAUUGAAAACAGUAUCACGUACUUAUGGAGGUUCACGAUGUGCCAAAUGUGUACGACUUCGUAUUGUUCGUGCCUUCCUUAUUGAAGAACAACGUAUUGUUGCUAUGGUCAUGAAAUCGAAGAAAACAACCAGUACCACAGACGCUACACCAGCAGCACCACAAGCAAUUGGUCAAAAAUCGAAAUAG